UGCAAGAAUUUAAUGAUUACAAUAGUUCUCGCCUUGUACCAGAGACGCGAGACUUUCUGUUCAAUAAAAAAUGAUAAAAUCAAUUUAUGUUUCUAUUAUACUUUCGCAGGUUUUACUUGUGCAUUCAGAUAUCAUAAGUGAUGAAGAAGAAGCGUACACAACAGAACAAGUUGAAGAAGAGUGGCACAUGGAUUUUAUGCCUACCGGCUACCUACCUGACAGCGUUUACAGAGAGCUGGCAUGGUAUGGCAUAUUACAAAUCCAACCCCUUCAUCAUAGUUCGAAGCACAAAGUAGCUGCGCAAUUGAUUUGGCAGCAUACCUUAGGACGGCCACAUGUUAUUUUGGAAAAUCCACCACAGUCAACUCAAUCGCCAGGUAAAGUUAGUAGACAGAUUCUAGCGGAGGAAGCCGCGAAAUGGUCACGGGAACAGCGCGCGGCGCAGGAAGUCUUGAUGGAGAAUAUCAAGAGCGGCGGCAACGGACUCACCGUCAGAACUGUUAUCAGUGCGCACAGGAAGACCAUCUAUAUCAUACAGAAUGGUAACUAUUACAAAUGUCCACCGGGCUCUGAGCCGGACUUAGACGCGUACAGAGUUCAGGCGAACAUGCAUGAACGCAAAUGUACCUUCGGUAAGCAGUCUAUACCGGUGCCUGUGGACCCGUGUAUAGAAGCUGAAGUAGCACCCAUAGAGUAUUCCUUCCACGAAGGCUGGAUGUUCUGCCUUGGCAAUGGCGAGAGAGAAAAUAACUACUUCCAAAAUGGUACAUUAGACUGUGGUAAUAAGACCAAGGUAUCAGUUGGUGAAUUUUUGGAUCAAUGUGCGAUCGAUUACAACAUAGUUAUCACAUUUGAUUACUUCGGCGACGAACCGAGGAAAGAUAUGAUGCACAAUGCAACACUCUGCACUACGUGGGAUCCAUGUCGCUUGUCAUAUUUAUACAGACUUGAGCCCCCACCAGCGGAAAUGACACCAUCCUUCCCGACUACAACUGAAAACCCUUGCGAGACUACUGUGUGUAUCGAAUGUAUCGAAGGAAUGACAGAAGACACUGGAGACGCUAUUGAAUUAUUCUCGGACGAUGAAAAAUAAUAGAAUAAUAAGUAUAUAAUAUUUUGUUUUAAUUUAUAAAGUGAUUAAAAUUGACGAUAUAUUUUAGUUUCCCAAAUGAAACAGGGUUUUAGAAACCUAGCAAGAAUAAAUUCAAUAAAAUAUCGGUGAUAUUUU